GGUGAAAAUAACAUGUAAACAUGGCAGACGAAGUUUGCACAAUGCAAUGAGAGAGACGAACACCUGAGCCAACGUCUCGCCUUUUACAUGAGAUGAAAACUGCUAGUCAGCUCCUAAGGGAGGCUGAGGGUCUGAAGAGUCGUCUUAAUACUUGUACCCCACUAGUGGGCAACAAUGAGGCCUGGGCCGUCCAACACCAACUUCAGGUGGUGUGUGGGCAGCUUUUGGUCCACUGGAUUGAGGCGGCCCUGGACCAUGGAGUGGAGCGUGACUUGUGGAACCUGGGCUUUAGGAACACCAUAACACAGCUCCAAGCUCAAGCAAAGGAUAAACAGGGAAGCUCAAGUGAAGCACGUGAUAUGUUGAAUUGGUUUCUCAACUCUGCCAGUGGCUUCUACUUGCAGCUUUUCAAUCAAAUAUGCUCAGAAUAUGGCCUUGACUUGCCAUUUCGAAGGAAAGACAGCAUAUACGGUGCUGUAGAUCUCAAUGGGUCUACGCAGGGCAAGUCCAAAGUGAGCAGUCUGAAGAAUGCCCUCUACUUGUGCCAGUACUGCCUUGUGCAUCUCGGUGACCUAGCAAGAUAUCGCCACCAGGCCAAGCAAGCUGAGACCUAUUACAGACAUGCAGUAAUGGUGGCCCCUACCAGUGGUCAUCCAUAUAAUCAACUUGCCCUUUUGGAAGCUGGACGAGGCAACCGUCUGGCAGCAGUGGCACUGUAUGUACGGGCCAUGUGUGUGCCUUGUCCCUUCCCUGGUGCUCCUGCUAACCUUACACAGACUCUCUCCAAGUUGCUCGCCUCCAAUAGCAGCCGUGAAUUGAGUGGGUCAACACGAGUCACUGGAGAGGAGUACACCAACCUCUUUCUUCAGUGCCAUGCCCAGUUGUACCUUCACGGUGAUGCCACCAGCGCUCGAGAGGCUCUUCCAACUCUUUGCUCUGCCCUCUCCACCCUGGUCGCUACUAAUGCCUUCACCAGAACCAGUCUCAUUCAGAUGGUGCUGGUGAAUUUGUUUGCCCUAAACUACUUCUCUGGAGCUGUGAAGAUUAAGACUAGCGAGGAAACCACUACCACCAGGAAGGACGAAGAGAAGCUAGAAAAACCAAGGGAUCCUAAAGAGUGUGAAGGUUGUCUGGAAGUGGUGGAGGAGUUGACAGUUGGUGUGUUGGCAGCACUGCUCCUGCCUGUGCACACUAUCCGUGAUCCCGACCAGCUCAUGGCCUACCCUGCCCUCCCUGCAGUUCGUCUGGUGUUUGAAUGGGUUCAUUGUGAGAAGGGGAUGUUUAUGUCAGAAGCUAUGAAGAAUAAACAGCAGAUAUGGCCUGGACUCUGCACGUUGGUCAACAACUUGCAGCAGCCUUUAGGCUCUUUUGAUGCUAGCAAAUAUUCUGAGGUGCCACUAGUAGAAGACUGGGACCUGCAAGGCUUUGAACCACUUAAAAAAAUGUUAAGCAAAUACAAGUAUCGAGAAGGCCUGUCUAAGCCAAGUCCAGAAGAAUACAACUGUAUACGUGCUUCCCGACUCACUGAUAUUGCAAAGUGGUUUGCCGAACAAGACAUUGAUGGAAAUUCUGUGAUCAAAAUUUGUGAAGGGAGUCAAGACACACCCGGUGGGUUGACGUUUGAGCCAAUGAAGCACUACAGCCCACCUGUUGACGAAGUGCGUGCCCUUGAACAGCUUUCCUUACAGCCCAAGCCUGAAGACAAGCUGAUGGGAAAGAGAGGUAAAGUCGGCAUCCUGAAACCACAGGGGUCCUUAGAGCGAGCAAGGGAAACUCGAGAGCAACAAGAACAGCCUGAGCUUUCUGAGAAAUCAAUAAGGAUCACUGGAGAAAAUGAAGAUAUCAAAGAAUCAGGUGUUCUUGUUGGUGUUGGGGGUAUGAGCAUCAAAGUGGUAACAGGUUCUGCUCAGUUACAAAGUUCACCCUCAGGUCAGCCAUCACACCAGCAACAGCAGCAGCAACAACAACAACAGCAGCAGCAACAGCCACAACAGCAGCAGCCAGGCCAGGGGCAAGGUCAGUCUCGCCCACCACGCUCUCGCACCAAUGUGGCUCUUCAAGCAAUCAUGAAGAGGAACUCGGCCAUGCAAGAAGCCAAGCAGGUUACUUUUAAGACUCCUUCACCAGCCAUAUCUCCAAACCCAUCUGAAGCUUCCAGCGAUAGUCAUCGCAGUCAGCUCUCCACACCCCCAUUACUUUCUUCCACUUCCCAGCGAGAUCCCAUGUCCAGUUCUCCCAUGCCUCAUCAUCUUGGGCAAAUGUACCAGAUAGGUACACCACCUCAGGGACAGGGAACUUCGUUUGGACGACAAAAUCAAAGCUCAGAAAGUAAUUUUCCAAGCCAGCAGCAUCAGCAAUUUGGAGGACAACCUCCAUGGGGUGGAAUGAGUGGAAAUAUCUCUUCUCCACAUAACAUGAGCCGCUCUCUGCAUCAGCAAAACCAGCCUAUGAAUACUGGGCCAGCCUUUAAUAUGCAGAGAAAUGGUAGUGGGCCAUCUCCACAAACCGUUUUACAGCAACUGCAAUCGACUACACCUAACCAGUCUGACUUACUGACUGCUGGCAUAUUUAACAGACCACCUCUUGAGGGCUUCCAUCAACUUGGUGGAGCAGUUCCACCAAGGCCAGGAGUAGAUAUACCUAAUAGAAUGAGGGAGCCAGCUCCCAGAAUGCUGGAAAUGAUGGGAAUGACACGUGCACCUCCUUCAUUUGGACCAGUGGAUGGCUUGGGUAAUACAUGCAGGAUGCAUCCUCAAGGUACAGAGGGUCAAGGCUUAGAUAGUUCUUGCAUGACUCAAGCACAGUUCAGGCAACAUCAGAGCCAGCAGGAUAUGGAUACAGUCACUUCUCAGGCCAAAAUGAAUCCUGUAACCCAUCCACUUCUCUCGCCUGGAGCUAUGAAUGCCCAUCUCUUUGGUAUUGAUGGUAGGCAGAAUGUCAGUGUAUCAAGUGGUACUGGAGUGUCGGGAGGUCCCAGAAACGUAUUUGGUGAUAGUGAUGUAGGAGCACCUCGAGGCCCUGGACUUUCGCCACCCAUGGGCAUGGGCUGGGGUCCAGGUCAUAAUGAAAGUAAAAGCUACCACAUGAGUCACCCCCCUCCUACAUUAGCUAGUCUUUUGCAGCAACAUGCUCCAGUUGAUAUGAGGCUCAAUCUACAGCUAGAUCAUGGCUCAGAUCAGCUAACCUCUGGGUUAGCCCGACUGCCUGGUGGUCCCUCAGUACACAACCCUGCAAUAAACUCUCGCAGCCCUCCUGGUGUUGGCCCACUUGGCACUGUUCCUCUGGGCAUGCUCUCCAUGCCUUCCACUCAGCCGCCAGGUUCCAUACCUCACAGCCAGCCACCCAGAGGACAACCAUUCAUGCAAGAGGGUGAAGUUGAAGGACCAUCAGGCAACACUUACUCCCUCUUCAGUCCCAUGAGCGGAGGUGGUAUGGGUAUGGGUGUUGGUCCCAGUCGCACAGUUCCUCACCCUCUGUACCCGAGCAGUUCACAACCAAGUGGACAACAGUCACUGUGGUCUGGUCCUGGCCCAUCUCCACUAGAGCGUCUCCUGGAGCAAAAGAAGUAUAGCAAUGUUCCGAAGUGAGACAAAGAUGGAUCUCGAGGCUGGAAUUAAGCUUAACAGAUAACACUUUGCAACCCAACCGUGGGUCCGUGGCAGAGCAGAUUCAUCACCAUUUUUUGGCUGGGGAUGAGUGGAGUGGCACAGUUCAGAUGAGCUUCCAAUAUUGCAUAUAGCAUAGCUCACAGUGCCCUCUGUGUUACUCGCUGCUGGACAGGACUGGGGUAAGCAGUUGUAGAGCUAUGUCAUAGUCGGGGGUGACUGGGGCAUGUAUACGUAGAGCUCUGUAUUUAUAACUGUGAGGAGAUUGGCAAGGAAAAUCCUUUGAUGGCAGUUUACUGAAGCUCGAAUUCUCUGCCGUGCAAGAGCAUCAAUUGUAAUUGGUACAUGAAGAUUGGCUGUGUACACAGCUGAUGAUUCGGCACAUGUCCAGUGCACGAAGAAUAUUGCCGAGCCGUUUUGCUCGAGAUAUUUCCCUCCUGAAACUCCUGUGGCUAAGGUCGUCUUUAUUCGGAUGUCAAAGUAUGUUGUGACUAUUUGUAAAUUCUGCAAGGAAGUAGGGAUAUACAUUGAUAUGCCAAUCUUUUACAUAGAAUAUGUAUCAGACAGUUAUUAGCCACAGACUGUAGGUCUCUGUUCAUCUUGGCCUUUUGUCAUAUUAUAGUCUCUAAUAUAAUUAUGUGAUAUGUUUCAUCUUUAAAGACAGGAUUUAUUUCAUGAUGUGAUUGGUUUGAGAGCACAUAAUGCAGUUAUUACAGCCAUGUAAUAAUAGGACAUGAGAGUGCAGCAUCAGUACUUAACCAUAUUAUUCAUUGGAUUCCUUAUUCACUAGUUAUUCACUAUACAGACAUAAUACUGUAUUUUGUUUUGUAAUGUACAUUCUAACUUGAGUGAAAUAAACUUUCCACAAGUAA